CAUUAAAUCUAGUACAACGGAAAUCGUGACCAAACUUCUAGCGUUGUCAUACUUUUAGUAAGGUACUGUAUCUAUUUGCAACUACUAGCCUAUAUAUUAAGGCCCCAGCUACCACUAACAGUUACUUUUUAAAAGACUUACUAUUGAACAAAUCACAGAAAAUGUUCCUCCUCAACGUCGUUCUUAUCGCCUUGCCUGUGUUGGCUCUGGCACAGACUCAAGACCAAUUUCACCAGAUGGCUCAUUCCCUCUUCUUGGAGUCAGACGUCAAUAAAGAUGGUAUCAUUGAUAGACCAGAGAUCGACGCAACUUUCCACGGACAAGACGCUAACAAUGAUGGCCGCAUUUCAAGACACGAGUUUGUGACCUUCACCACUAGCCACACCGAUGACCAACUGCUGAUCAACAUCGCCAAUUCUCUGUACGAUCGCUAUGACGUAGACGGUGACCACCACCUGGACAAACACGACUUCGACAACUUCUACACCCUGCUGGACGGCAACGCCAACGGAGUAGUGACCGAGGAGGAGUUUGUUCGCUACUGGUCCGUUCUCCUGUCAGACAUUGCCCAUCAACAUGGACGCAAAUAAAUAACAAAUACCUUGUUAUGUUUUGGUUGAAUAUGUUCAAUACAUUUUAGUCUUUUAUAACUCUC